ACUGUAGAAUCUUAACAAGUCGUCUUGAUUCUAUUUCUUCUCGUGUUCACGACCAAGUCCAACUUAACCUGCACUCCGUUGUCCUUCACAAUUACAAACGGCAGCCAUUUUUCCGACUACUUCAACCACAGCACCUCAACUCAACAGAGAGACGCGGGACUAGAUUUUUCAAAGUUGCAACACCCCACUAAUAAAGAGAAACCUCAAGUAAUAUGAUAUAGGAGUUGGGGGAUUUGGUGAAGAAGAUGAUGAUGGUUGGGAAUUUGAUGCGAAGAAGAGUAGUGUCAUGGCAGCAAAAGGCACUGGGACAGAGAAUUCCGUUUUCAACAAUGACCCAGAAUACAUAUAAGGAUGACCACGACUGCCAAAUUCUUAUGUCUCCCUCUCUUGUCUCUUUAGACCACCUCCCUGACCUUUGGCCUCCUGACUCUACCGAUUUUCAAUUUCGAUCCACCAAAAGUCACUCAAAUGAGCAGACUGCAGCGGUAAUUAAUGGGCAGUUGAUUGCAGAGGAAAUCCGGGCAAGGAUAGCUAGUGAGGUGAGGAGGAUGAAGGAGUUCAUUGGAAAAGCUCCUGGCUUGGCUGUCAUUCUGGUUGGGCAAAGAAGAGACUCGCAAACUUAUGUUCGGAACAAGAUUAUUGCUUGUGAAGAAGUUGGAAUAGUGUCAAAAGUUACUGAACUGCCUGAUGAUUGCACAGAAGAUGAGAUACUUACUGCCGUAUCUGGUUUUAAUGUGGAUCCAUCUGUUAAUGGUAUUCUUGUCCAGCUUCCUCUGCCCCGGCAUUUGGAUGUGGGAAAAAUUUCGGAUGUGCUGAGCCUGGAGAAAGAUGUAGAUGGUUUCCAUCCACUUAUCAUAGGGAAUCUUGCUAUGAGAGGGAGGGAGCCUUUGUUCAUUCCCUGCACUCCGAAAGGUUGUAUUGAGCUAUUAAUCAGGUCUGGCAUCGAAAUAAUGGGGAAGAAAGCUGUUGUGAUCGGAAGAAGUAACAUUGUUGGAUUGCCUGCGUCAUUGCUAUUGCAGAGGCACCAUGCCACAGUUAGCGUUGUGCACGUUUUCACAAAAGAUCCAGAAUAUAUCACCCGCGAAGCUGACAUUGUGUUUGCAGCUGCUGGAGUGCCCAACCUGGUCCGUGGCAACUGGCUAAAGCCUGGUGCUGUUGUUAUAGAUGUGGGGACAAAUCCAAUAGAGGACCCCAGCUGCGAGCACGGCUACCGGUUAAUGGGAGAUGUUUGUUAUGAUGAAGCAGUGCGGGUGGCGUCAGCCAUUACCCCUGUCCCUGGAGGAGUUGGGCCAAUGACCAUAGCCAUGCUUCUGUCUAACACCCUUGAUGCCGCCAAGCGAGCAUAUAACUUUACUUGAAAUUUGGGACAUUUGCCUGGCACUAGAAGCAUAUUGUCAAUCUCUCCUUGACUGCUCGAUAGCAGUUCUUUGCUCCAAAUACUCAGAAAGCUAUUCAAGCAGUAAGCUUGAAUAUCGCUUCUUGCCCUUUCAUACACCCUACUGGAGGAUCCAUAAUCGCUACCAUGACACGUAUAAAAAUAAAAAGGAAUUUUAGGCAUCUGAUUUUAGGUA